AUGAAUAAUCAAGAAGCUGUAGCUACGCUGCUGCAAGAGUGCAAGCAAGUGCUGGACCAGCUCCUAUUGGAGGCGUCAGAUAUGUCAGAGGAGGACAAGAGGGAGGACGAGAGAUGCAGAGCCUCACUCCCCAGCGAGUUAAGAACCCUGAUCCAGGAGGCAAAGGAAAUGAAAUGGCCCUUCGUGCCUGAAAAGUGGCAAUACAAACAAGCUGUGGGCCCAGAGGACAAAACAAACCUGCAGGAUGUGAUUGGCGCCAGCUUGCAGCAGUUACUGGGGUCCCUGAAAGCCUGCAUCCUCGCCCGGGACUGCGCCACGGCCGCCGCCGUCGUGUUUCUGAGCGACCGUCUCCUGUACGGGCUCGACGCCUCGGGCCAGCUGCUGCGCGUCGCCAAAGCGCUGCACAGGCUGCAGCCCGCGACGCCCAUCGCCCCGCAGCUGGUCGUCCGCCAGGCCCGAAUCUCGAUGCACGAAGGGAAACUUUUAAAAGCAGAGUAUAUCCUGAGCAGUCUAAUAAGCAACAAUGGAGCAACGGGUACCUGGCUGUACAGAAAUGAGAGCGACAAGGUCCUGGUGCAAUCAGUCUGCAUUCAGAUAAGAGGGCAAAUUCUGCAGAAGUUGGGGAUGUGGUAUGAAGCCGCAGAGUUAAUAUGGGCCUCAAUCACGGGAUACCUGACACUUCCUCAGCCAGAUAAAAAGGGCAUUUCCACGUCACUAGGUAUAUUGGCAGACAUCUUCAUCUCCAUGAGCAAGAAAGAUUAUGAAAAGUUUAAAAGCAAUCCUGACAUUAACCUGGGCCUGCUGCACGAGUGUGACCACCACUUGCUGUCAGCCGCUGAAGCCUGCAAGCUGGCGGCUGCCUUCAGCCCCUACACGCCCCUCUUUGUGCUCACGGCUAUGAAUAUUCGUGGCACUUGCCUGUUGUCAUAUAGUAGUUCUAAGGACUGUCCUCCAGGCAUGAAAAAUUCAUAUCUAUGUGAAGCCAAAGAAGCCUUUGAAAUUGGCCUCCUCACCAAGAAACGUGAUGAACCAGUUACUGGAAAACAGGAGCUCCAUAGUUUUCUUAAAGCUGCUUUUGGUCUCACUACUGUGCACCACAGACUCUCUGGGGAGAUGGAGACUGUCCAAACAGCAAGUCAGCUCUGUAGCGAAGCUAUGGGAAAGCUGUAUACUUUCAGCAAUUCCUCCGGAAGUCAGGAGAGAGAAGCUCUCUCUCAGGAAAUCAUGUCUGUUAUCACCCAGGUGAAGGAACAGUUACAAGUUCAAAGCUUCUCAAAUUUAGAUGACAAGUCUUACGUUCCCGAGGGAUUCAAGUGUGGGUUAGAGAAGCCCAUCUUACAUGGGCAAGUGGAUUUCCAAAAAAUCCUUGAAGCCUAUUCACAGCACCACACGUCAGUGUGUGAAAUAUUUGAAAGCACUUGUGGAAACAGCAAAAAUAAACAGAAAGGCAUGAAAACAGGAGUCUGUAUCACUGAUCUAAAAACAGAAACAAAAAACAUAGAUACCGUGAGUGCCACUGAGGACAGACCACAUUUUGAAAAAGGCAUAGUAAUAUCUUCCUCCCGAAUUGCAAUGAACAGUCAGGAGAAACUCAGGAGGGUGGGAAGGAGAAACUGGGUGGGUUCUGACGCAUUUCGAGUCUCCGUGGAUGAAGAUGUGGAGACCGAAGCUGAGUCAACAGACCACAGUAGUGGUGGGGGAGCUGUUCUGAACAAGUCUCUGAGUGACAGCCAGAGCUCCAGUUCUUGGAGCAAGUUAUCAGGGUACAGAUCUUCUACAAGCUGGGAGGAAGUAAAUUAUCAUGUUGACGAUAUGUCCGCCGGAAAAGAGCUUAGCAAGGAAAAGCAUCUUGUGGACACUCAGUGUUCUACUGCCCUGUCAGACGAGCAGGAGGUGAAUGGGGCCAGCAGAGUUGAGCAUCCACUGUCUUCAGAGCUUCAUGGUCUCUCUCUCCAGGUGCCCAAGGAUGACAGUUUAGAGUCUUCUCAAUGUCAGCUGCACAAGCCCAUGCCCUCGGCAACCUUCCCACCUCAUAACACAACAGACAUUUCACUGGCCUCUGGUGGAGGGUGGUUUAAAGGAGGUAGGCAGGAAGUUGGAAAUGUGGGGUCCAGAAAUACUUCUGCUCAUUCCAGACCCUCAUUUUGUUCUGCUUCUUGGACUUCUGAUUCUGGUUGGCCUAAGAACAUGGCCACAUAUCCUUCCAUCCAAGAAGAAGAAACCUUUGAAACACUUGAUGAAUUUCGAGAAAUCAACGGUGACGCCAAGCACGGGGAUGAAGAAGAGAAGAGAGAAGAAAUCAAAGGAGGCACAGGUCCUGCAUUUAAAGAUAGCCCCUGCUGGGUUGACCCAGAAGGAAAAAUAGUGGAAAGAGCAGAAGAUGUUCCUGUAGACUUCCACUCAGUCGUGGACGAGUCUCUGGACAAAAGUUCCAUGGUAGCAUGUAACUCUGUCACCCUUCAUUGGCUUGUUCAAAACCCUAACUCAGGAAAAAAUGGUCACUCAGUCAGAGAGCAGGGCACUGACCCUGAUGCCUCCACGGUGGGUGAGGAGAGCCCGCUGCGGGGCACUGCAGAUGUUCACACCACGAGCACACGUGGCUCCCCUCGAUCGUGCACUUGGAAGCAGCCACACACUCAGGGAGCCCAGAUCCCCAGUUCCUCAGUAAGCAGUAAGCCUUCCAGCCCUGUCCUGAGCGAGGACUGCACUACCACGGAGGAAGCAAAUGAACCUGGAAACCUGCUCAACUGCAGCCAGAACUCCAGCUCAUCCUCAACUUGGUGGCUGAAAUCACCGGCAAUCUCCAGUGGUUCUUCUGAUGGAGAAAAUCCAUGGUCUUUUCUGAAUUCCAGUGGAAGUUCUUUUGUUUCAUUGCCAGGAAUGACAAAGCAGGCGAUCCUUGAGGCCCGCACCCUGCAGCCUGAUGACUUUGAAAAACUCUUGGCAGGAGUGAGGCAUGAUUGGCUGUUCCAGAGACUGGAGCAUACAGGCGUUUUUAAAUCCAGCCAACUCCACGGAGCACAUAGUGCUCUUUUGUUAAAAUAUUCCAAGAAAUCUGAACUGUGGACAGCCCAAGAAACUGUUGCAUAUUUGGGGGACUACCUACAUGUGACAAAGAAAGGCAGACAAAGAAAUGCAUUUUGGGUACAUCACCUUCAUCAAGAAGAAACUCUGGGCAGAUAUGUUGGGAAAGAAUAUAAGGAGCAAAAGGGGCUCUGGCACCACUUCACUGACGUGGAGAGGCAGAUGACCGCACAGCACUACGUGACAGAAUUUAACAAGAGACUUUACGAGCAGAAUAUUCAUACACAGAUAUUCUACAUACCAUCCUCAGUAUUGCUGAUUUUAGAAGGCAAGACAAUAAAAGGAUGUGUCAGUGUGGAACCUUACAUGCUAGGGGAAUUUGUAAAAUUAUCAAAUAACACAAAAGUGGUGAAAACAGAAUACAAAGCCACAGAAUACGGCUUGGCUUAUGGCCACUUUUCUUAUGAAUUUUCCAAUCAUAGAGAUGUUGUAGUUGAUUUACAAGGUUGGGUGACUGGGAAUGGAAAAGGGCUCAUCUACCUCACAGAUCCCCAGAUUCACUCUGUUGGUCAGAAAAAUGUCACUACCAAUUUUGGAGAGAAAGGAAUUUUUUACUUCUUUAAUAACCAGCAUGUGGAAUGUAAUGAAAUAUGCCAUCGUCUUUCUUUGACAAGACCUUCAAUUGAAAAACCAAGUAAUUCAUAG